CUCGACUAACGCGACCGUGUUCACAUCUUCCGCAAAGGAAGCCUCUCAAGUGUUCAAAUGCCCCCUCGUCUGAACGAUGGCCAUCGAUUUUGAGCUGAACGACAGUAUCAGGAUCUACAAACCUGCCGCCGAGGAGGGGACGAUCACGGCGUCCUCACCAGUUCUGCUCGAGUGGAAGAACCUUUCGGUGCGGAUUGGGAGUGGCCGGACGUGGAGUUUCAAGAAGAAGCCGGCGGAUUCCACGUACAUUUUGAAGCAUGCUACCGGAGCCGUACGAUCGGGCGAUCUGGUGGCAGUCAUGGGGUCAAGUGGUUCCGGCAAAACGACGAUGCUGGCCGCGGUGUCGAUGCGGCUAACGGCAGAAGUUCAAGGCAGCGUCCUUAUCAACGGUCUGUUCGUGAAUCCAACCCAGAUGAAGCGCCUGGCGGGGUUCGUUCCACAGUUUGAAAUCGCGCUGAACUCGCUGACGGUGCGUGAACAUCUCACAUUUGUGGCCAAACUCAAGGGCGUUGGCCGGGCCCAAAUGGAGUCCGUGAUCAACGAGCUGAACCUGGAACAGUGCGCCUCAACGAGGAUAUCUCACCUGUCCGGUGGCGAGCGGAAGAAGGUCAACCUGGCUGGGGAACUGCUAACUGAACCAGAUGUUCUAUUCUGUGAUGAACCCACGACCGGGCUGGACAGCUUCAGUGCUCUGGCGGUGAUCAACACGCUGAGGAAGCUGGCCGUGGACAGUAGGAAGGCCGUGAUUUGCACAAUUCACCAUCCGACGUCGGACAUCUUCGAGUGCUUCAGUGAUGUUAUUCUGUUGAAUCGGGGCAGGACGUACUACCAGGGACCUACGGUUGAGGCCACUAGCUUCUUCGAGAGCAUCAGUCUCCCCCUUCCAAUCAACUGCAAUCCAGCGGAUUACUACUUUAAGCUAGUUUGUGAUAGUGACAGUUACGAUAGUGCUGGUUCUAGUGAAGCGCUAGCUGGAGAGUCCCGGAAUAGGCAAGAGAUUGUGCGAAAGUGUCAGCGGGAGAAUGUGGCCAAGAAGAGCCUGAUGGGACCGUACCAGCAGGGCGAUGUGAUCGAUAAGCUUUGCAGAAACACCAGCCAUGCCUGCUGGCCCUCCCAGCUCUACCUCCUGCUCCACCGCGGCAUCCUCGACAGCAUCCGAAACUUGCGGGAGUACGUCAUAGUCACGUUUCUAUUUCUGAUCACCAGCAUCACCAUUUCGGCGCUGUACUUUCACAUCGAUCCGGCCACCGGCGGUCAAACCUCGAUCCAAGACAUCCGCGGGGCGCUGUUCCUGGUGGUGUGCGAACUGCUGUACACCCUGAGCUACUCCGUGUUCUACGUGUUCCCGCGCGAUCUGCCGCUGGUGAGGCGCGAGGUCGGCGAACGGACAUACCGCCUGUCGGCCUAUUACGCGCACCGGGCCCUGUUGACCGUGCCGAAAGCCUUCUUCGAGUCGUUCCUCUUCGUCGGCAUCGUGUACGGAUGCGUGCGCUUUACGGCCGUGGCCGGGGCCGCCACCUACGUCGGAAUGGCCACCGUGUCUGCCGUGGCCAGCCUGCUCGCCGUCGCUUACGGCUACCUGCUGACGUGCCUCUCGGGCUCCAUGGAACUGUCCAUCGAGUACGCCAACCUAAUCUUCCUUCUGUACGGACUGCUCGGCGGUUUGUACCUCAACAUCCGUGCCUUCCCGGUGGCCAAGUACCUGUCGUUUUUCUUCUUCGCGGCCGAGGGCAUCUCGGUUUACUACUGGCGAACCGUGCUGGACAUUCCGUGCGAUUUGGACGAAACGACGGCGGUCAAUGGAACUGCCACCAACCACAGUUGCCUGCGGGACGGGUUGGCCGUGCUGGAGGACACCGGCUACGGGACCUCGCUGGACGUGGUGUACUUCAACUAUCUGGUGAUGGCAGGUCAAAUUGUGGCCGUUCACGUGCUGGCCUAUUUCUGCCUGCGGAGACUCGUUAAGAAGGCCGGAUUUUACUAGUUGUUGGCUAGGACGAACCCCUUCUUUUUUGGGCUUAUCUAAGAUUCAGGAAGAAAACGAAAAAAGGGUGAAAAUAUAAUUUU